CCUCACCGCGCACGCGCUGUGUAGUCAUGGCCGCUGUGUGGCUGCUGCUGCUCCCUUUGCUGCUGUCACCCCGGGGAGGGGACGCGGCCGGGCUUCCCCAUGGAGACUCCUUCCAAGAAGAGCUGCUCCUCACCCCGCUGCGCUCCGGGGAUAUCGCCGCCACCUUCCAGUUCCGCACCCGCCUGGACUCGGACCUGCGGCAGGAGAGAGUUUCUCACUACAGGUUGUUCCCUAAAGUUCUUGGCCAAGUGAUCUGGAAGUACUCCAUCCAGGAGCUGCAUCUGUCCUUCACGCAGGGGUUCUGGCAUACAAGAUCCUGGGGGCAGCCCCUCCUGCAGGCACCUGCCGGGGCCGAGCUCUGGGUCUGGUUUCAGGAGUCUGUCAAAGAUGUGGACAAAAACUGGAAGGAGCUGACGAACAUCCUCUCGGGAAUCUUCUGCGCCUCGCUAAACUUCAUAGACUCCACUAACACCGUGACUCCGACUGCGUCCUUCAAGCCUCUGGGACUGGCCAAUGUGACAGAUCACCACCUUCUGCGAUAUGCCACCUUACCCAGGGAGAUUGUGUGCACUGAGAACCUGACUCCAUGGAAGAAGCUGCUGCCUUGUGGCUCCAAGGUUGGCCUGGCUUCUCUGUUGGAGGCAGAGCGUCUGUAUCACACCAGUUACCACUCCCAGUCUGUGCACAUCCGACCAGUUUGUAGAGAUGCAGGAUGCUCAGCGGUCUCCUGGGAGUUGAGACAAAUGUUAACUGUGGUGUUUGACAUGUAUACCAACGGACUUGGGAAAAGAGACUGGUCUCUCUUUAAGAUGUUUGCCCGAACAGUAACUGAGCCUUGUCCUCUGGCUACUCACAGCAAGAUCUAUGUGGAGUCUGGAUAUGACGAGAAAGAGAUUGACCUGUUUGAAGUCACACCAAGUUCAGCUUUGGACAUCACGGUUCCUGUCCAUGGAAAUCACAGGGUGUACACGUUGUAUAAUCUUCUAGAACCCGAAUUUUUCAACACCUCUAGAAACGUGAAUGUAGCACUAAAGUGGAAAGGAGGUUCUGAUUCAGGUCAACCCCAGGCUCCCGUCUUCCAUGCUGAUCGUUAUGUUAGUGGCUAUGGCCUUCAGACUGGAGUGAUUAAUACCAUGAUUUAUAACAAUCAUCCAUUCAGGGCCUUUCCUGUCAUGUUUCUGGAGACUGUUCCCUGGUACCUCCGUCUAUACGUCCACACGCUGACCAUAAUUACCAAGGGCAAAGAGAAUAAACCCAGUUAUAUCCACUAUGUGCCAGCCAAGGAUCGCCAGUGCCCCCAUCUCUUAGAGAUGUUAAUCCAACUGCCACCUAAUUCAGUCACUAAGAUAAGCAUCCAGUUUGAGAGGGCGCUGCUGAAGUGGACGGAGUACCCUCCGGACCCUAAUCAUGGAUUCUAUAUCAGUCCUUCAGUACUGAGUGUCCUGAUCCCCAGUGUAAGGAAUGCGAAGACCGAUGAGCUGGAAGCAAGCCCACUCUUCUCCACGAUAUUCCCAUCCUCUGAUGAUUCCGGUUACUUCAUGCGGCUGUACACUGAACCCUUACUGGUGAACCUUCCUACUCCUGACUUCAGCAUGCCCUAUAAUGUCAUCUGUCUGACUUGCACUGUGGUGGCCGUGGGCUACGGCUCUUUCUACAACCUCCUCACCAGGACUUUUCAAGUGGAGGACAAUAAGAAGGGUGGACUGGCCAAGAAGAUAGCCAACAUCAUCCGCAGAUUACGUGGUGUCGCACCUCUAUGAUGAUGGGAUGGAGCCUAUUUCUACUCAGGCCCAACCAUCACUUGCCGUGCCCAUCAGUAUCUCUGACUCGAGACCUGAAUUCUUGGCUGUCAUGUUAAGAGUUUUACAGGAUUAAAGGGGUUGAGCAGUGGCGUAAUAUUGAUGACUAGUGUUGGGCGAACCUGUUUUUUAAGUUCUAUGUCCAAAGUUCGGGUUCGGGUUAUCGAAGAAUCCUGUUCUGGAUUCCAAAUUCCGUUAUGGUCCGUGGUAGCAGAAUCCAUAUCCCGAACUUUGGACGCAGAACUUUAAAAACAAGUUCGCUCAACACUAUUGGUGACCUAUCGUUAGGACAGGUCAUCAAUAUCAGAUCGGCGGGGGCCUGACCCUGCACCCCUGCCAGUCGGCUUUUUAAAGAGGUUGCAGCUCUCAUGAAUGGCACGAGCAGUAAUUACACUGCACCGCCGCUACAAAGGAGACUGCACACAGAUAACCUUAGAAGAGAAAGCAGCGCUCACAUGAGCACCACAGCUGUUCGGUGGGUGUGCCAGAUUCUGGACUCCUGCCAAUCUGAUAUUGAUGAAGGCUUUUUUUUUUUUUUGUAUAAACCCUUUUUACGUGCUAUAAAUGACUUGCUAUGGAUUUGUAUGAAUGUUGGGUAGAGGACCACUAAACAUUGCUUUGUCCCACAUGUUAAUGGGACAUUGUACAUACAGCAAAAAGUCCUUAUACACACUGGAUGUACAGGACAAACAAAAUCGCCGUUCAGUUACUUUUAUUCAGGUCGAACGAGGAUAAAUAAAUAAUCCAUGACUUAAUAUAGAAAAUAUUAAAAAUCCAUUUUGCCUUAUGACCGAUCAGCAAGAUUGGCAAGCGUUUGACAAAAGGGACGCACCCUCGAAAUGUUGCGAGGCAGGUGCGAUAUGCUGGCCGGCUCCUGGUGAACAUGGUUGAUAACACAGACGAUUCCUGGAUGAAGACAGUUAUUCCAGAUCAUAUGGGCUCAGGUUUUUAAUAUUUUCUAUAUGCAUGAGUUUCAACUGAUAUCAUAAUGACGGUUGGGAAGAGGUAUGGGAUUUUAUGGGUAUUUAUUUAAUAGGCUGAGAUCCAUGAGCUAAUGCCACCAUUGACUGGCAGGAUGACGAGGCUUUGGAGCUGGGUAGUAGAUCACAAAGAAGUACCAAGGGCUCGGGCACAUAACUAGCCAUGCAUGAUCUGUGUGCUUCAGCUCCUGGAUCUCCACUGAUAAUCUGUUCUGAUAACAAGCUGUGAGUCAACCUUCGAAAAAUGUACAGAAAGUAAUACAGACCUAAUACAUCCAGAUUUUUAUAUUUAAAGGGAAUUUGUCAAAGUGAUAGACCCAUUUAACAUAGGACUUGUACAAGAUGGUGUGCCCACCUGCACCUUCUUAAGCCUCAUGAAAACGGCUGUGGCCUGUAUUGCGGAUUCGCAAUAUGCAGGCAUCGGCCAUUUGUGCACUGCAUCACAGAUGUGGGCCCAUUCACUUGAAUUGGUCCGCAAUCUGGAAGGUCAGUUUGGACCCGAGGCACAAAACCCCACGGAAGUACUACUUUCUCUUUGGGCCUCCGCACCGCAAAAAAAAAUAGAACAUGUUCUAUUUUUUUGUGGUGUGGACGGAUCACGUACCUAUUCAAGUUGAAUGGGUCUGGAACCGUCACGGCAUCUGCACGGAUAAUGCCCGUGCAUUGGGGACUGCAAAUUUUGGUCCCCAAUGCACGGAAUGGCCGUGUGCAUGAGGCCUUACAUGGUUACUUCAGUGCACCAUAUGGUCCCACUCAGUUGACUAGCAGGCUACACGCUUUACAUAUAAUGAAUGCACUACGUUAAAGGGGAUGGUCACCCUGAUAAAUUCCCUUUAAAGGUAUUGUCUGCUUCUUACUAUUGAUGACCUAGCCUCAGAAUAGGUCAUCAAUAUCAGAUUGGCGGGGGUCCGACUCCCAGCACCCCCACCGAUCAGCU